CACUGACUUUGUCUCUGGUAUGCUCUGUCUGAUUUUCACUCCGAUAAGGAACAAAAAUAACCAUUCCUUUCCUUUGGUUUCCUUCUUUCUCUGACACUUGCAUUAACAAAAAUGGAUGAAGCCAAUCCCAAAAUUUUCAUACCAAACACGGUCGAGGGAGUGUGUUCGCACGUGGCUGGGCAGAUUCAACUGAUUUGGGAAGUGGUGAAAGCGCCAUUGAUAGUUCCUCUGUUGAAGCUUGGCGUGUACAUUUGCUUGGCAAUGUCGCUCAUGCUCUUCAUCGAGAGGCUCUACAUGGGCGUCGUCAUCAUCCUCGUCAAGCUCUUCUGGAAGAAACCAGAGCAGCGUUAUAACUUCCACCCCAUUCAAGACGACGUCGAAUUGGGAAGCUCAAACUUCCCUACGGUUCUCGUGCAAAUCCCAAUGUUCAAUGAAAGAGAGGUUUACAAGGUGUCCAUUGGAGCAGCAUGUGGGCUUUCUUGGCCCAAUGACCGUCUCGUCAUUCAAGUCCUCGAUGAUUCUACCGACCCACUCAUUAAGCAAAUGGUGGAGGAAGAAUGUGAGAGGUGGGCUCGGAAAGGGAUAAACAUAACGUACCAAAUAAGAGAGAACAGAACGGGUUACAAAGCGGGUGCACUCAAAGAAGGGUUGAAACGAAGCUAUGUGAAUCAUUGUGAGUACGUGGCCAUUUUCGACGCGGAUUUCAGGCCAGAGCCAGGUUUUCUAAGGCGAGCAAUUCCUUUCUUGGUGGGUAACCCUCAACUUGCUCUGGUUCAGGCUCGUUGGAGAUUUGUGAAUGCGGAUGAAUGUUUGUUGGCAAGAAUGCAAGAGAUGUCCCUUGAUUAUCAUUUCACAGUAGAGCAAGAAGUUGGGUCAGCCACUCAUGCAUUCUUUGGUUUUAAUGGGACAGCGGGUGUAUGGAGAAUUGCUGCUAUCAACGAAGCAGGAGGGUGGAAAGAUAGAACAACAGUGGAGGACAUGGAUCUUGCUGUUCGUGCCAGUCUUAGGGGCUGGAAAUUUAUGUACCUUGGAGACCUUCAGGCAAACAGUGAGCUUCCUAGUACUCUUAGGGCAUUUCGCUUCCAGCAGCAUCGAUGGUCUUGUGGUCCUGCUAAUCUAUUUCGCAAAAUGGUGAUGGAGAUAGUUAGGAACAAGAAAGUAAAAUUUUGGAAGAAAGUGUACGUUAUCUACAGCUUUUUCUUUGUUCGUAAAAUCAUAGCUCACAUGGUCACCUUCUUCUUCUAUUGUGUUGUGCUUCCCUUAACAAUUUUGGUCCCUGAGGUUCAUGUUCCAAUUUGGGGAGCUGUUUAUAUUCCUUCCAUCAUCACCAUCCUCAAUUCAGUUGGAACACCAAGGUCCAUUCACCUUUUGUUCUAUUGGAUCCUUUUUGAGAAUGUGAUGUCAUUACACCGUACAAAGGCCACCCUCAUCGGUCUGCUAGAAGCUGGGAGAGCCAAUGAGUGGGUUGUUACUGAAAAACUUGGAGACUCUGUCAAUAAUAAGAAUAAAGCAGGAGGUGCUGCCAAGAACAAGAUCAAUGUCACCAAAGCAAAAAAAAAAUUUCGAUUCAAAUUUGGUGAAAGACUUCAUUUAUUGGAGCUUGGAUUUGCUGCCUUCCUCUUCCUCUGUGGAUGCUAUGACUUCGCGCAUGGCAAGAACAACUACUUUGUGUACCUCUUCCUUCAGACCAUAACCUUCUCAAUUGUAGGAUUUGGCUAUGUUGGCACCAUUGUCUAACGCCCGUUGAGCCAAAAUCUUGAGUCACUUUUAAGUUUCGAUGUGUUGUGUCCAUAUCUUAGUAGUUUCUCUCCUCAAUAAAAUGCAUAAACGAGGGCUGAUUUCUUCAAGCAACAAAGCAUUGUGUCAAAGCCAGAGCAGAUAAUUGGGAAAGAGAGGUUUUUUUCAAAAAAAUAAAUAAAAUUAUGCC